AUGGAGAAGGCACCACAAUGGAUUGUGUGGUUCGUUUUGAUCCAACUUUUGCUUAAUAUCUGUGCUGCAACGCUAGAUGCUGCUCACCCAGAUUUCAUAAACAUUGACUGUGGAGAAAGUCGUGGAUACCCUGAUCCCGAAACUGGAAUCUCAUAUCAGGCAGAUAUGGAUUUCGUAGAAACAGGAACAAAUUCAAUGGUGGCUCCCGAAUCAAGAACUGACUUAGAUCAUUCUCUUUUUGGAAGACAACUGCAGACGCUGAGAUUUUUUCCAAAAGGAAAAAAGAACUGCUACACCCUAAAACCAAAACAGGGCAAAAGUAAAAAUUACCUUAUCAGAGCUUUCUUCGCAUAUGGAAAUUAUGAUUUCAAAAAUCAAACUCCAACUUUUGACUUGUUCCUCAAUGUCGAUUUUUGGACUACUUUGGAUUUGGAUUAUAUCGGUUAUCAAUUUGCAGAGAUUAUCCAUACUCCCACAAUAAGCGACACCAUACAAGUUUGCCUAGUCAACACUGGCAGAGGAAUCCCUUUCAUUUCUACGUUGGAACUGCGACCUCUCACCAAUUCUAUUUAUCUAACCCCUUCUCCUUCUCAAUCACUGCUCGUCCUUGAUACGAGAGUCGAUGUUGGUUCCACUGAGUUUAUUUCAGGCCGGUUUACAAGGUUUAAGGAUGACACGUAUGAUCGUGUGUGGCGUGUGGACAAUAUUUUUGAAGAUAAAGGUUGGAACAAGAUCAAUACGUCGAAAUAUAUUGAUGUUGGAAGCAUAAACGAUUCUUACAAAUUACCGGUAGAAGUGCUCAUGUCUGCGACCGCAUCAUUGAAUCACUCCUUUGCUUUAAGCCUUGACUAUGAUUUUGUCUGGACGCAACCACCUGAAAAGUCUUUCAGAUAUUAUGUCUACUUUCACUUUUUUGAAAUCGAGGAGCUUCCCGCCGGGCAAAAGAGAGUAAUUGAUAUUACUGUUAAUGGUCAAAAUAUCAACUCAGAGCCGAUAACUCUUGAAUACCUAAAGCCGGUGACAGUUAGUAAAGUUACAGAUCAAGAUGGUCUUCGUUUCAACAUAAGUGCAACAUCAGAAUCUGAUGCUCCUCCGAUCCUUAAUGCCAUCGAAACUCAUAAAAUCAUAUCACCACUAACACCUCCAACUUACCAAACAGAUGCGGAUGCCAUUCGGGACAUAAAAAAAACCUACGAAAUCUACCAAGUAGAGUGGCAAGGUGACCCAUGUGUUCCGGAGAAAUUUGAAUGGUUGGGACUUCGUUGCAGAUAUGACAACAAUAACUCUAACCCCAGGAUUUUCUCACUAAACUUGAGCGCCAGCAACUUAAGAGGACAAAUAGCUGCUUCAUUUUCACAUUUUACAGAGUUAGAAUCCUUGGAUUUAUCAAGCAAUGGCCUGUCAGGACCGAUACCCAAAUUUCUUGCUAAAUUGCCAAAGUUGACAAUCCUUAAUUUGAGUGGCAACAAGCUUAUAGGUUCAAUUCCCAAGGCUCUUAAAGACAAUUCAGAUCUGGCAAUGAGUUUGGACGAUAAUCCUGACCUCUGUUUGAGGGAUCCAUGCAAGAAGAAAAAGCACAAAUUCCCUAUUCUAUCAAUUGUAUCUGUUUCAGCUUUGACGGUUGUAAUUCUGAUUUCCCUAGGAAUUUGGAUCUUCAAAAUGAAAAAACCGGAAGUUGCAGUGGAUCCUACUGUUUCAACAAAUCAAGAAGUAUCGGAGUAUUUAAGAAAUCGUGCUUUUUCUUACUCGGAGGUUCUUGAAAUCACUAAUAACUUCCAAAACUUGAUUGGAGAAGGAGGAUUUGGAAAAGUUUAUUUAGGCACUCUUAAGGAUAAUACUCAGGUUGCAGUGAAGUUACUUUCUCAGUCAUCAAGGCAAGGUUAUAAAGAAUUUCGAUCGGAGGUAGAACUUUCGAUUGUUGUUCAUCAUAAACACUUGGUUUCUCUGACUGGAUACUGUGAAGAGAGUGGUGCUAGGGCAUUAAUUUACGAGUACAUGGCUAAUGGUGACCUCCAGCAACAUUUAACGGAGAAAAAUUCAAAAGUUUUAAGGUGGGACGAGAGGCUUCAAGUUGCCAUAGAUGCAGCAAAAGGGCUGGAAUAUCUCCAUAUUGGUUGUAAAACUCCUAUAAUCCAUAGAGACUUAAAACCAUCUAACAUUCUAUUAAAUAAGCACAUGGUAGCUAAGAUUGCUGAUUUUGGAUUAUCUAGAGCAUUUGAAAAUGAAAUGGAUUCUCAUCUAUCAACUCGACCAGCUGGUACACCUGGUUUUAUUGAUCCUGAAUUUCACAGGUCAGGAAACCUAAACCAAAAAAGUGAUGUCUACAGUUUUGGAAUGAUUCUUCUUCAAUUAAUCACUGGCCACCCACCAAUAAGAAGAGAACUUGAGGAUAUAUGUUUUAUUAUUGAUUGGAUCCGUCCAAAAAUUGAGUGUAGGGAUAUCCAAGCCAUUGUUGAUCUAAGGUUGGCGGGUGAAUUCAAUAUUAGUUCUGCAUGGAAAGCUGUGGAGACAGCAAUGUCUUGCAUUGCGCCACAGUCUACUCAAAGACCAGAGAUUAGUUCCGUGUUGCGUGAACUAAAGGAAUGUUUAGCUAUGGAGAUUGGUCACACCAAUUCAAAUAGCAUACCAAGCCAUCAAAUCAAUCAUUCUGGACAACUUGAUCCAAUCACUACCCUCUCAGCUAGGUAG